AUGGUUAUGAUUGGGAACGUAAAGGAAGCGUUGAAUUAUUUGACACGUGCAAAUUCUCAAGCUAAAAAUGUAAAUGUUGUAGAGACAGGAACAACAUCUGGUUCUUCGAUUAGAGAACAAGCUGUUGCUUUUUGUCAGAGAUACAGAAAUCCUAGACAAUAUAAAGAUGUCUACGUGAAUAAGUUUUUAUCGCAUAUGCACCUGGAAAAUAAUACUAGUCCACAGAGUAAAUCAAAUAUGAUUAAGGUAGAAUUAAAUAGCGUUUGUUCCACUCCAACUGAUGUAUCUGAAGAGUUAUGA